UAUGGCUAUGCUUAACUGUGAGAAUAAAAAUGAAAUUAAUAUGAAAUCUACAUAAUAAGGAGGUCAUGAAAGGAGAAAAGAUAUUUCGUUCCCUUUUGGAUGAAACAUAGUCUUCUUCUCUAAGUGUUAGCACAGUGUGAAUUAUUGUAGCUAGCAUAGAAAACUAAUAAUCUACAGCAGAAAAUCUCCAGAAGAAAAUUGAUUUGCAUUGUAUAACCACAAGAAAAAAUUUCACAUUUGAAUGCAUAUUCUAGCAUGCGUAUAAAUUCGCGCUUUCUAGCGAUUGCAUUGUUCAAUUGACAUUUACCUAAAGAGAUUUUCAUCUGAAUUUGAAUUUUUUUACAGAGGCCGGCUUGUCUUGCGACCAGACAUGCGUUUCCUCGUACUUAAUCUGAUGUUAUUAAUAGUGAACUUGCUAAUCGUUGGAAAAGUUUCCGCCCACGGAAGACUGAUUGAGCCACCCUCGAGGGCCUCUAUGUGGAGAUACGGCUUCGACACGCCUCACGAUUAUAACGACCACGAAUGUUACUGCGGCGGCUUCACCAGGCAGUGGCAGCGAAACAAAGGGAAAUGCGGCAUCUGCGGAGAUCCCUGGGAUUCUCCAACACCACGUGCUCAUGAAACGGGCGGCAAGUACGGGAACGGCGUGAUUGUCCGGCGUUACCGGACCGGAUCCAUCAUACCGGUCCGGGUGGAGCUGACGGCGAACCAUCACGGCUACUUCGAGUUCCGCACCUGCGCCAUGACCUAUCGCGAUCAAGAGGUCAACCAGGACUGUCUGGAUCGUCAUCUGCUAUCCGCCAAAAACGGAUCCACUCGUUACUAUCCUGGUCCCGGUAACCGGGUCUUUGAGGGCUACUACAAGCUACCGGAAGGUCUGACCUGCGCCCAAUGUGUCUUCCAGUGGCGAUACAUCGCCGGCAAUAAUUGGGGCGAUUGCGGCAACGGCACGGGAGCGGUCGGAUGUGGGCCUCAGGAGGAGUUUCGAGCCUGCGCCGAUAUUUUGAUCGGCGACAACGAGGCGGCAUUACCGGCGAUUCUACCGAAGCAGCCGACGUCCACUUCUACCUACGACGAAUCGUCGACAAGUUCACCGUUACCGAAAUCCAUCGGGCCGUACUGGCUCUUCAGCGUUGUCAUCGCCGGUACGUGCCUGUUGGUGGUGCUGGCCGUUAUGGCGUUGCUUUAUACGUACUACUAUCACGCCGGCAGAGCCAAAAAGUGGCUCAUGGCGAGGAGAUCUCUGGCGCAGGAGAGUCCACCGCCGGUCGCCCCGCCGAGACACAAAAGGCAUCAUCACAUAUCGAACACGCAGCUGCAAUUGUAGAACUCUGUACUCGAUUGUCGAUAUCACACAUUUUGGAAAAAAGGAUAGUUAUGUUUCGAAUGGAUCACU